GUAGCUUCUCGGCGGAGAAAAAUAAACUAUAACUACCUCUCCCUCCUUCGCUAUCUUUAAUUCUAUUUCUUUCCGCAGGGUAUAUCAGGCCGACUUGUCAUCUAAGCCGCUGCUUCCGGAAAUUCUCCUUACGCGUCUCUCAUCAACAAUCGCCUUCACAAUUCAAAAAUGAAAUUACUCCCCAAAAUUUAUUUCACCGCAUCCUUCCUCUAUUUCAUCGCAUCCUUCCUCCUGAUAUUCCAACCGCCAAGACUUCAAAGUUGCGCCCCCUCUUCACUGAUUUGCACUAACAAACACAACCAUCAAACCCCGAAUAUAGGCAGACCUUGAAGACCGGCUAUUUGCCAUAUAAAAAAAUGUCAAGGCAGUUGCUAACUUCAUCCCAAAGACAACAUCCAUAAUUCUACGUCGACUUAACAGCUGCCAUGACCAACAACUGAAGAGACGUGCAGCAUCAGAAGCAAGGUUUAUGAGAAAUGCUAUACUAAAGAAAAAGCGUCAAGAUGUAAAUGAUAAAACCCCAAAAGAGACCUUGCAUCAGUCACUAAAUCAUGGCAAUCCUUGCACAUCAACUUCCACUACACCAACUUCAAAUACAUGCAUGUUAAGCCAACACAGUCAUUGUCCAUCCAUGCAGAGUGACUUCAUCAAUGACACCUAUGAUGGAAAACAAGAUGAACAAAGUUACUCAGAUAUUGAAUUGAACACAUCUUGAGGAUCACAUAAUUAUGAAAAUUCCAGUUCUGAUGAAGAACCGCCAUAUCCUAGCGACACUACUAACUCAGAUAUUAAUUGCACUCAAGGGUAUUUUGACAUCGGAGAUCCUCUCAUAGAGUAUGAGAAAUGUAAAGCAUGUAUGUGGUACCAAGAAAGAUCACAUAAACACAAAGACUCCGCAAGUCCUAAGUACCAUCUUUGUUGUGGAAGUGGGAAAGUUCAAUUGCCAUUCUUGAAAGAUCCUCCAAUCCUACUUCAACAUCUACUUUUUGAUAAUGGUGAUCGUGAAAGUAAAAAUUAUCAAGACAACAUUAGAGUCUACAACAUGAUGUUUGCAUUCACAUCACCCGGUGCAAAAAUUGAUAAGUCUGUUAGUGACGGUAGAGGUCCACCAAGUUUCAAAAUACAGGGACAAACCUGUCAUCGAAUAGGAAGCAUGAUGCAUAUGCCUGGUCAUCCUCCAAAGUUUGCGCAACUUUACAUCUAUGAUACUAAACACGAGAUACAAAAUAGAAUACAGGGACUAAGGUUCAAUCACAAGCUACUAAAUUAUAUUUACACUCCUACUUAUCACAUAUUUUGUUAAUAGUAUCUAACCACUAUUCGUUUUUUAUUUAAUUUGUAGAAAUCAAAAUAAAUAGAUGAAAAUAUUGUUUGCAAGUUAUCAGAUAUGAUUAAUGAACAUAAUGUUCAUGCAAAAUCAUUUAGGAUGGCUAAGAGCGAUUAGAGGAUGGAACAAUGCAACACCUUCGACUAAAAUUGAUUUCUGAUAAGGUUAGUGAUGGUAGAAUAUACAAUUUACCAACCAUUUCAGAAGUUGCUGCACUUAUUUUUGGUGAUGUAGACUCAUCAUCGACGAGGGAUAUCAUAAUGGAGACAUGAAGCCACACACUUCAGCGGAUCAGUGAGUUGCAUACUAGCUAUCUAAGCUUCCAAUAUCCACUUUUGUUUAUUUAUGGUGAGGAUGGGUAUAGGCAUGAUGUACUACAUAGAGAUACAGGUACUUCUAAAGCCUACAAAAGAAAUCGACUUACUAUAAGAGAAUGGUUUUGCUAUAGACUUCAGACCCGAAAAGAAGUAGCACAAACUUUGUUGAGGUCUAGGCGAUUAUUUCAGCAGUUUGUCGUUGACGGAUACACAAUGCUCGAAUCAGAGAGACUAUCUUUCAUAAGAAGAAACCAAACAAAGCUAAGAGUUGACAAAUACAAUAAUUUAAAUAGAUCAAUGGCUGAUUCACAAUGUCAAGCAUUUGAAAAGGGAAGAAGAAUCAUGUUGCCUUCCACAUUUGUAGGUAGUCGUCGAUACAUGGAUCAACUUUAUUUUGAUGGUAUGGCAAUUUGUGGCUAUGUUGGUUUCCCUGAUUUAUUUAUCACAUUCACCUGCAACCCCAUGUGGCCUGAAAUCCAAAGAAUACUCGGACCAAUUAAUUUGCGUCCACAUGAUCGCCCUGAUAUAGUUUCUAAGGUUUUUAAAAUCAAACUUGAUGAGCUCAUCAUAGAUUUGCGAAAAAGGGAACUCUUUGGAAAAGUUGUUGCAUGUAAGCUUCAAUUUACACAUAAAAUGUGUCUACAUUUCUUUGAUGUACAAUAUAUUUUUAUUCUCUAUUCAUUUUCAAAUACUAUCUAACAUAAUUGUCUAUAUUUUGUCUUAACAAUCUUCUUUCAGAUAUGUACACUAUUGAGUUUCAAAAAAGAGGUUUACCGCAUGCUCACAUACCAAUCUUCUUACACCCGACUGUCGAUGACAUUGACAAAAUAAUUUCAGCGGAGAUACCCAAUCCUGAAUGUGAUCUAGAACUUUACAAUUUAGUAACGACCCACAUGCUACAUGGUCCAUGUGGAUUAGCUGACCCAUCAUCACCAUGCAUGCAGGAUGGAAAGUGCAACAUGUAUUACCCUAAGCAAUUUCAAAACUCAACAACACUUGAUGAAGAUGGUUAUCCUGUUUACAGAAGAAGAGACCAGGGGAUUUCAGUUGAAAAAAAUAAUGUUCCUUUAGACAAUCGACAUGUUGUUCCUUAUAACCCAAUAUUGUUGCUGAAGUAUUGUGCCCAUAUUAACACAGAAUGGUGUAAUUAGAGUACUUCAAUAAAAUACUUAUUCAAGUAUAUCAACAAAGCCACAAAGGUUAUGAUCG